CUCAGCAGAAUCCCAGCCUGAGCUUCUCUGAAAACCUGCAGCGACGCAGUGAGUGACAUGUUUUUUGCUAUAAUAAGCUUUGUCUACAAACAGCCCGGGAACGGAUCAUUAUUUCUUCAUGUCAAACCUCGAUGAUGAUCUGCAGGUGCAACAACAAGUAUGGGCACUCCCAGCGGUUCAUUACGUCCCUGGUCUUCGCAUCGCACAAGGACGAACGGUAAAAGGCAAUAUGGUAGCGUUAACGAAAUAUUUGUCAUCUAGUUGAAUUCUUUUUCGCCUCCCCGCCGAAAUUUAUAUAAGUUACUUCACCACUAGCACGUUUCCUUGCAUUUUCGCUCUUUUCUCUUUCCAUUCGUUGAUCACACCAGUACUGCUGGUCCAUCUCCUUUGUUCAGAGAGAUGCGGAUUUUUGCGCUGCUGUGCCAGGUGGUAACCGCUCAAGACGGCUCCAUAUCUGGCCCAACCAGCAGUUCAUCUGCCGCUGGUUACUCGUGCGACCCUACCCAAUGCCAGUUGCCCAAUUGCAAUUGUGCUAGCACGAGUCCCCCAGGCGGUCUCUCUCCCUCGGACGUUCCGCAAUUCGUUGUCUUCACUGCCGACGAUGCUAUUCAGUCCUAUACUAUCGACUCUGUCAAUCAGUUCCUUGCUCAACGGAAGAAUCCGAACGGUUGCCCUAUCAAGAUGACCUACUUCACGUCUCUCAACUAUACCAACUAUACGCUCGUCACCGAUUGGUACGUAGCUGGAAACGAAAUUGCUGAUCAUACGAUGACGCAUGUUGGUUCACCUCCGGCGGAUGAGAUCAACGGAAACAUUAUUGCUCUCAAUGCACUUGCUGGUAUCCCGCUCGAUGCCAUUCAAGGUUUUCGUGCUCCUUACUUGAACUAUACCGCUCAGACUUUGCAGCUCCUUGCGAACGUUGAUUUUACUUAUGAUUCUUCCUCCGCCUCCUCAAUUCCUGUCACAGACCCAGGUACCGAUGCGUACUGGCCUUACACGCUUGACAAUGGCCUUGCAAAUGACUGUCUGACUGUCGAGGGUAUAUGUAAGGGCCUGCCUAAAAUUCCUGGUCUUUGGGAGAUCCCUAUGUAUGCUUUCUUUGACAACCUCGGGGUUGACGGACCGCACCUCAUGGACCCCUGGCUAGAUACUGCCAACGGGGCCAGUUCCGUUAAUGACACUGCCACAUUUGAGUACAUGCAAAAUACAUUUACAGCUCAUUACACUGGUAAUAGGCAACCAAUUGGUCUCUACACCCAUCCCAUUCAUCUUUCGACCACGUAUCCCGGUGUUGACCCUCCAAACAGCACGAUCCAGAUGAUAAAUGAAUACCUGGAUUGGGUUCAGAUGCAGCAGGAUGUCUGGAUCGUUUCGAACGAGCAGCUUCUUGCUUGGGUCCGGAACCCUGUACCCGUCUCAGAACUCGAUUCCUUUGAGCCUUUGAAGUGCCCGACUCCCCAGGUUGACCCGUCUCUGAAAAUCUGCAAUGGUAUUCCUCAGAACGAAGCUGGUCUCCUGGAAGAGUGUGACUUCCCCGACUUCCCUUUCUUCACUUGCUAUGGUUGCCCGCAAGUGGAGGUGUCGCCUUCAAACCCAAACCCGCCGCAGCAAGUCCCAACGGGCCAACAGAUGAGAUACAGAUUGCCUGCCAACUGCUCAACGCCUUUCUGGGAUCCCAUUGCCGGGUCGUGCCUGUGUCAACCUAUUGGACCCAAUGGCGCCAACUUAACUGGUGGUGGAACUGGGGGAGAUGGAUUUAACGGUUCUGGCGGUACGCCGACGCCCACGUAUAUCAACUUUAAUGGCGCCAGCCCCGUUAAGCUGUGGAGUGGCAGUCUCGUUGGCAUGACGAGCGCUUUAGCUGUGGGCGCGUUUGGUGCCGCCACGGGAUGGGUUCUGGUUAACGUCUGAGAUACUUGAGAGCAUUGAACUUUCAAACGCUGACACUGUAUGAUAUUCAUUGGACAUAUGCUUACGAUCAUUACUUUUCACAAUGCCUUAUUGACUCUCUUAUCUCCUUACUCCCAGCAAUUAGAUACAGGUUAACCUCGAUUAAUAAUUGAC